UAAUUUUAGUAUUCAGUUGUUUGAAGUGAUAACAACAUUUCCUUAACUUUUUUCUAGAGUCGCGAAAUAUUUUAAUUAACAUUUUCUCCAUAAAUAUGGUUGACCCUAACCGCAAAAUUAAUAGAUUCACAGAUAGAGAUAUAGAAUUCUUGGAUGAAUGUGAAGAAGAAUUUGCGAAUCGUUUUACUGAUGCAGACAUAGAUUUUGUCAAUCAUUGUUCUAAGCCACUCGCUGAUCCUCCAAUAGUGGAAAAUUGGAGUUUUUCAGGUGCUGGAAAUAAUUAUCGGGGCGGCGGUGGUGGACAACGUGGUAAUUAUAGUGGUGGAAAUCGUGGCUAUAACCGUGGUGGCUGGAAUAAAUGGGGUCGGGACCGAGGAGAUAACAAAGGAUAUAGAGGCGGUGGUGGCGGCCAACCAUAUAGGCAUAAUAAUAGACGAUACAACGACAAGCCUUAUGAACGACAUAAUCCAGGAGGCAACGACCGCGAUGAACGUCCACACCAGCCCAUGAAUAUUCGAAGAGACUAUGGAAACUUUGUGCCAGCGUCCAAAGAUUAAUGUAAUUGAAUAAGUGUAUAGGUAUUUUUAUGUAUGUAGUUGCACUUGAACUAUUCAAGACUAUUUUAUUUGCUCUUAAAUCGAUGACAUAAAAACUUUAAUUCAAAACAAAUUAUGUUAUAAAUUAUGAAACUGCAAGUUAAACAAAUAUAUACACAUAACAUAUAUUUAAA